AUGGUGAAAGUAUGUGCAAUAAAAAGUUGCUCAAGCGGGCGUAAAAGGAACAAUCGAAAAAAUGAAAAAGCUGAUGAAACUCAGUUGCUGUCAUUUUUCCAACCAACAAGGCCUGUACGAUUAGAAAAUUGGAAAAUGUCGCUGGGAAUAGAUUUGAAAAACACAGAUUAUAUUUGUCAUCUUCAUUUCAAAGAAGAGGAUAUAAAAAUGUAUGAAAAGUUUCACAUUAACGGAGAACUUAUAAUUUUUCCUACAGGGAGAAAAAUACUUAAAGAUGAAGCUUUGCCAACGAUUGAGCAUCAGUUUGUGCCUAUACCAGCACAUAAACUUCAAGUGAGUGCCCACAGUGCACAGCAAAUGCCAGACUCUUAUUGCAAUCAGUCUAAAGAUGAAUGCCAAGAUCAAGUCCAAAAAGUCAAUGUCCACCAGCAGAAAUUAUUAGAAGAUCCGAAACCUAAUAAUUUUAUUGAUGAUAAUGAACAACAUCCACAGAAUUCGGAAGAUCCACUGAUGUGUCUACAAGGAACACAAUCAGUAGCGACUUUUAAGGAUAAUUUUCUGAAAUUCCCAGUACUGCCGCCAUCUUGGCUGUAUGUAGAAAAGCCAAGUGGGCUAGAAUUUAUGCGGAUGGAUCCAAUAACUAAGCAAAUAAAGAACCAUAUACGUUUAAACCAGGAUUUAUCAAUCACUGUUAUUUUUGCUAAUAAUAAAGUGUUGUCGCUGAAUGAAAAAAUUACUUCAUGUAGCAAUGUCUAUGAUUAUUUAAAAACCGUUGAAAGAUUGCCAUUAUGUGUUGGCACUCAAAUUGACAAUAACAAAUACUCCAGACUUUGUAAAGGUGUGAUUAUAGGUGACGAUGCUUACAAAAGAAAUCAACAAUAUCCGAGAUGUAAAUCUUGUCGGAUUUUACGGAAUCGCUUGCAAAACUGUCUAAAAAGAAUGGUUAAUCAAAAACAAUUUAAGAAGCCAAAAGAAUUAGCAACUACGGGCAAAGAUAAUGUAGCAGAUGUUUGUAUGACCACUCCUGAACCAAUUCAAACAGAAACAGAAUCAAUCCAGGAACCACAAAUUCAACCAGGAAGCUCAACAAUGUUAAAUCAAGAACAAUUAAAGAAGAUAUCGGCCUCAACCCCUGCUGGCAGAGUUGAUGUAGGAGACAUUUGUAAGACUAUACCUGUUCAGGUUAUAUCAAUUCAACCAGAGACAUCAAAAAUGACCAAUUCAGACUUCAAAAUGCUACAAAAGUUAAAGAAUAAAUGUGCUUUGCAACAAAGAGUAAUCAAACACUUAAAUGCAAAAUGUAACCGAAGAGCAGAAAAGCUCGCUCAUUUGAAAAACAUUGUACAACACUUAAGAAACGGAAUUUUAUAA